CCUACGUUCGAUGUGGUGUCACAGUGAAGUGAAAUAAUCCGUGAACGUUUUAGCGAGAUUUAAUUAUUCUUUUAAUAAUGUUUAGGAUUUAUACAUCUUUUAAUAAUUAUGUGCUACUUUGCUAGAUGUGUGUCCGCGCGGUGCAAUUGUUUAAUAAGAGUAUAGUGGUGUAAUUGGGAUCAUUAUGAACUGCCACCAAGUGCUAAGUGGCGCCUGUAAUUCAGGAGAUCAAUGUUUUGCUGUUGGAUCAGUUGAAGGAAUACCUUUUACAGCUUAUGCAGCAGGAUGCAACAUUGUUAUACUGGCAUCAAACUUUGAACGUGUUCAGAUUAUACCUGGUGCUAUACAUGGUUAUGUCCGUAUCGGCUCUUUAGAUUGCAGCACAGACACUGGGAAAAUUGCUGCAGCUUAUGGGGCUGAAGUGUGCAUAUUUGAGCCCACUCCUUUGAUACAUUCUGCUGCUACCACCCAUGGCUUGGAGUACCGUUGGGUUCAGACGGGGAAGUUGGUGGCUGAGGGGCCUAUCACAGCGCUGUCGUGGAACCUUGAAGGGACGAGGCUGCUCACGGGGGGGAAGACUUUGCAGCUAUGGCACCAGGCAUCUCUUUACCAGGACGACAGCCAACCGAGCUCCGGCGUGACAUUCCAAAUUGGUGGCGACAAAGAUGAAAAACCUAAACAACCUGAGGAAGAAGAACCGGGAUGGAUAUGCGUGUGGAAAUGUCAUACAGCGACUCCCGCGCACCACCUGGCGUUUUCGCCCGACGGGGUCCUGUUCGCAACGUCCGGGGUCAAUGACCGGCUCGUCAAGAUUUGGUACCAAAACAAAGUGCUGGUACAAGCCCACAUGGACCACUCGCCGACGGAACUCAACUACACAUUCAUCUACGUUGCGCAUCCGCGGGCAGUCACGCAUUUGUCAUGGCGGAAAACCAGCAAAUAUAUGCCCAAAGGCAGCGUUGGCAACGUCUUGGUGACGUCGUGCGUAGACAACAUCUGCCGGGUGUGGGCCGAGACACUUUUACCCGAAGACGAGUGGGGGGGAGGGCUGGUGACGUCACACGCUCGUUCCCCACCACGCAGGCAACGAGCCACUCACAGGCAUAAACAUCGCUUCAUGCAGAGGCUCAAACAUAUGAAAACUUGUUUCCACAUCAGACGAAAUGCGCAGUCCAACAAAGUGCCCGGCGCCCCAAUCCCGACUUUGCCGUCUACAUACAGCGCACACGACUUUCACAAUCCGUAUCACGCUAGUUCCUAUACGGGAGGUCUCCACUUCCACUUGGCGGCGUCAAUAAACGCUGAGACGGACAUUCCGUUAGUGCCUUCGUUGGCGGGCGGGGGGCGGUUCAUCUUACACUGGCUACACAACAAGGAGAUGCACUUCACCAGUCAAGCUGAAGCUAUACUGCACGAUUUGACCAAAAAAAUUUUGGAUAAAGAAGAGACUGAAGAAGGAGGUUCAGAUCACACUGCACACCCAGACGGAGAAAAUGAUACCAGACAUAGACGGCCAAGUCACCAUUUGGUAAAAACCCAAUCAGAAGACAACAGCAACAGCGAUGAGCAACCAGGUAGCGGCAACCAUAGUCACCCGAGCCUCUCAAACACGACCUCAAUAAACUCCAUAGCUACAGACGUGACGUGCACCCACCUCCCAGACUCGCUGGACGCCACCAUAGAGUCGCUGCUCCGCGACUGGUACCAGAGCCCGGAUCUGCUGUUCUCCAUACAUCCUGUGGACGGCAGCUUCCUCAUAUGGGUUUGCGAGUGGCUGGACGAGAUUCAAGCGGGGGCGUUACGACAAGCACAAGUAUCGUUUUCAGCGCGAAUUCCCGCCGCUUUUCCGCUGGGAGAUGCCACUACCAUGUGCACUCCGGCGGCCUUGUACCACGCCGCGGCUCAGCCACUGUAUGUGCGACAUCGGACCAAGCCCGUCGUGCCAGCUGGACAACAACAGCAAGGUGAAACCGUCACGACGCCACUUGCCAGUGUUCAAGAAGAAAAAGAAGAGGCUGAGUGGCCCCAAACUGAAGAUCAGAAGGAGCCUCAACAAAACGGUCGUGAAGAGAACAAAGAUGCGCAGCGUAAAGUGAGCGUUGCUGGCGAAGAGCUAAGCGAGAACCAAGAAGGCGACGUGUUGGAUUCCGCGCCCGUUAUAUCAAUGGUCACCAACCACACCAACGGAACGCUCAAUCUGUGGCAGUUGACCUUUGACGACAAGUCUAAGUUCUCACAGGUGCUAUCAAUAGGCCAUGCGUCAAGAGCGUCUGGCCAUAGGUUUAGAGUGAACGACAUCACAUGCCAUCCAGUAUUACCUCUUUUACUUACUACUAGCCAUCAUAAUAUUUCUGAUAGUUCCCGAGACGCGAACAAAGUUGAAGCAGACACGGCCGCAGGCGGUCUAUGUUCGGAGCUUAUAAUGUGGCGCGUGGAGUGCGUCGGCCCACUCGGCAAGUCUGGCGGCGUGUCGGAACUGGCACGAGUCAACUCGCCUCAUCUGUCUGCCUUCAGCAACGUCGCUUGGCUACCUACCUUGUUGCCUAGUACUACACUCGGAAACCUAUCAAAUUCGCCGUCGGCUUGUUUCGUGGCGAGCGACGGAGAAAGUCUUCGAGUGUUCCAAGCUGUUAUCGACGCGCGGACACUUCUAGCCGAAAUAGAGACUUCGGAAAGACGCCACAACGACGUAAUGCAACACCACGACACGAUGUCAAUGUCUUCGGAAUCGACACUGGAGGAGGGCUCCGGCGUGCCGCUGCACGACCGCAUCAAGAUCGUGUCGCAGCAGUCCACGGCGCGGCCGGGCGCCAUCAUACAGCUGCACGCCAUCGCCGACGCCACGCACGACUGGCACAACACGCAGAUGUUGCACGUGUUCCAGGAGCAGCUCAUUACAGGAGAACGCACAUCAAACGACGCAUCUAACUCUAACACCGGUGGCGACAACUCAGACGUGAACACCAUCACCGAAGCUGGUUUGGAAGCCAUCGUGGACCUUCGAAAGGCGGCUGUAUUCAAUGAGCCUUUCUACAUUGUUGUACUGGAGCGAACUGAUGGAGGCUCCACGGUGCACAUGUGGCGGCUCACCGUGUCGUCACAGGCAGAUCCUAACGAGGACCUAACAAAUAGCAUGAUGUACGUGCCAGAUAGCGCUCUAGUCCAAGAGGAGGAAGGUUCAGAAUCGCGAAAGAAUUCCGUUUCCUUGGACCAGGACCGAGCUCCACCGCUGCCCACUCCGCAUUCUUACUUGGCUAUUUCUACUAAAAAGGUGUGCGAGUGCCCACUGUCGCUGCCGGACGGGGUGGACGUGAUCCACGCGACGCCGGCGGCGGGCCACCUGAGCUCGGCCUCCAUCUACCCGGCCUGCCUCGCGCCCUACAUCAUGGCCACCGCCUGCACGGAUAAUACGCUGCGAUUCUGGAAAUGUAAUGUUACGAAAAAAGACGACGAGGAAUUUGACUAUACAUGGAAAGAGUGGGAAAUGAUGAACAAAGAUCACGAGUCCACUAUAGACACGCCAGGUCAACCCCUACACAUCAGCGCGGCUUAUUCCGGUCGCAUAGCUUGCGCGUACAAAUGCGGCAAAUCAUUCACUCGUCCUAAGGGAACUACUACGAGCAGCAACUACGGCGACACUCGCUUCGUCAACCUCUGCGUUUGCGUGUACGAGUGCGAGAGUACGGGCGGCGCCGAGUGGCUGUUAGAGGACACUAUACCGCUAAGGAAUGUUAGCUUGCCGAGGGUGGGCGUAUGUACGGACACGCAGAUUGACCUGUCUUAUCUACACGACACGUCGUUCAUGCAGAAGAAGCAUAGAUUGACGCAGGUUCUCCAAACCCUCUCAUCUGAAGAGAGAAGCACCAAUCGCAACGGGGAGGGCGACACAGGAAAAUCUGCUGGUCUGCUCGCGGUACCAUCAUUCAGUACGCUGCAGUCCCUCCGCAAGAGCAUCAUGGAGAAUGGAAACACCUGCCCUCUUACUCAGAAACAUUUGGUGCAAUUAGAUUGGGUCUCUAAAGAAGAUGGAAGCCAUAUACUGACAGUGGCAGUCGGCUCUCGUGUACUUUUGUUCACACCUGUGUCUAGUGAUCUUGCUCAAGCAAACUUGAAGGCUAUGAAAGAAUCUAUAAACAACAACCGGCCGAUCCUCCGCAAAGCGUCAUCGCUGGCCGCGCCUUUAUUCGUGGAGGAGAUCCGCUGGAUGCAACUGCGUCGUAUAGAGCUGAAGACCGCGGACGGGCUGCCGCCGCUGCCGAUGCAGAUCUCGUGGGUCCGAGACGGGAUAUUAGUGGUGGGGAUGGACUCGGAGAUGCACGUGUACUCCCAGUGGAAGCCGGAGAACACUAAUAGCCAGCAGGGAAUUAUGUCUGGACAGGAAAUCGACGAAGGAGGUGAAUCUCGAGCGCUCCGCGACUCAGACUUACGCGUAUCAGCGCCUCAUUUACAACGCGUGUCUUCUAUCAACUUGCAACUGUUAGAACGAGACGCAAGGAGAAGAAACAAAACGCAACCGGACCAACCUCAGCCUCUCUUGGACUAUAUGCCCGAUUACGGUCUCUUCGAAGCAUCACAAAUGGCAUGCCCAGUAUUACCGCAGUACCAUCCUAAACAACUGAUGGAGUUGUUGAACAGUGGCAAGAUCAGAUGGGUGAAGGCUAUACUUGCUCAUCUUGUCAGAUGUAUUGGUGGUACAUACACUGGCAGGAGUUCGCAAGGAGAUGAAGACAGUUUGUCUAGACAGCGCGGCUGGUCGCGGUCGCGCACGCUGUCCGUCUCCUUCGCCGCCGGCGCCGCCUCCCCGCUGGACGGCGUUGCACAGAUAACGGAGGACGUGCAACUGGACUAUGCGGAGAUAACAUCAGUGCCCCCUCUUCCUCUUUGGACUCUGCUCGUCGCAGACAAGGAAUCGCCUCAUCAUCCGUCCACUAUUCAAGAAGCCAAAGACUAUAACGACCUUUUCGAAGGCACCAUGGACACAGAUGAAGAUUUAGACGCUUUACUUCUUGGCGAGGAAGAGGGCGUGGAUCGCCGACCUUCAAUGCCGGAAAGACAACCUCUCUCGCAUUUCGGUCCCAGACAAGGUCGCAUCCUAUCCCGCCUUCUCACUCACACACACUUGCCUGGUCUAAGUUCUCUGGAUCAGAUGCAUUUACUGGCGUUAGCAGAUACCGUAUCCACUUGUGAUGCGGACUUCGCUGAAAGAUUCGCCACUAAUGCGCGAAUCGAUAUCGCGCAAGCAACUAGUCAAGAAAUAUUACCAGAUUCCCUGGACGAUUGCGGACUUCGCUUCCUCCUCGCGAUGAAGCACUACGGCUAUUUACUCCGAUGUCUGCCACUGGCUCAGCGCGCGGCCUUACAGAGAUCAGGCGUCGGGACCUGCAACCUUGUAUGGGCUUUCCAUUCAGAGACCCAUGAUCAACUCCUUCAGUUGAUCCCAGGAUACGCUAAAGGACAACCCAAGUGGACAACAAUGAGAGAACUUGGCGUGGGUUGGUGGGUCCGCGGCGAUUUGCUAAAGACGUGCGUGGAGAAGCUGGCCCGAGCCGCGUAUAUGCAGAAACAGGACCCUCUAGACGCGGCUCUGUACUACCUGGCGAUGAAGAAACGUAUGUUGCUCUGGGGCUUGUUCAGAUCCAACCGAGAUGAAAGGAUGACAGCGUUUUUCGCAAACGACUUUACGGAAGGCCGUUGGCGCAAGGCGGCGCUGACAAACGCGUACGUUCUGCUCGGCAAACAGAGGUUCGAGCAUGCGGCCGCGUUCUUCUUGCUCGGUGGCGCUUUGAAGGAUGCUCUAGAGGUUCUAAUAACGCGAUUAGGAGAUCUUCAACUUGCGAUGGUCGUAGCACGCUUGUAUGAGUCUGAGAAUACUCUGCCUAACAGUCUAAGGAAGUUGCUCAUGGAUGAAAUUUUAGGAGGCGAAACAGAAGACGGCGAGAUCAUUCUAGAGCGCGCCCACCCCGAUCCGUUCGUGCGAUCGAUGGCUCUAUGGGAACUCAAACGUUACGGCGACGCAUUGGACACUUUACUCAGUCCAGGCGGUAGAUUGCACGCUGCCAGAGACAACGAGCCUACGCCCAGCGUGUUUAACUUCUACGUGUAUUUGCGAACACACCCGAGGCUAAAGCGACACAAUAUGCCGGCACAGGGCGGAACUCUAGCCUUGUUACAACAAGAACCCGAAGAGGGCAUUACCCGUCUAGAACGUCGGUUAUACUUCCAAACGGCGCACGGCCACUUCAAGGCUGGUUGUCCAGCCUUAGCUCUGGAGGUACUCUCGAAGCUUCCCAGCCGGAUCCGGGACGAGAAACCCAGGCAACCGGUGUCUUCGGCGUCUGUCGACGAAGCGGGCAUACACACCGGACAGCUGGUCGAGGACACAGCUAAAAAACCGGAAGAAUCUCUGGAUUGGAACUCGUCCGCGGCCGACAUGGACUGGGGCGCGCCAGUUAGUGCCGCUAAGAAUGACGAGUUAGUGCUUACCUGGGAUGACGAUGAUGAUAAAGGAUCCGGCGGCUCUGGCACGUCUACCCCGCCUAUAGAAAUGAAAUUAGACACAAAAGAAGAACCCGUUGUGAACGGAGAGGCUGAGAAGAGCCCUGGGCCUGAAGAGGCGCCACCUGUGGAUAUCAUGGCGCAACAACUUAAGUUCGUCGCAUGCCUUAAAAUUCUCAUGGAAGAGCUCAGUACAUUGGCCACUGGAUUUGAAGUCGAUGGUGGUCACCUUCGCUACCAGUUGUACAUUUGGCUAGAGCGUGAAGUGGAAGCCUUGCGUCGCCUGUGCGGGUACAGUGCGGGGGCGGGGGCUAGUGGAGGGGAGUUGAUAUGCGCAGACGCAGACCCCCCGCCACUGCCCGAACGCCCCACCUUACAUCAGUUAUUGAUCAGGGAGAAAGCGGACUUUGAAGCUAAGGUUCAGAGGGCUGUACGAAGAAAGAAGUGGCUGAAAGCCAACGAAACUCUUCUGCGCACUCUACUGUCUUACUGCUCCCUCCACGGCGCCGGCGGCGGCGGUUUGGCCUCUGUUCGGAUGGAACUCGUACUAUUACUUCAAGAACUUGGCCAAGACAAACAACAUCAGCAGUUAUUGUCGCCUCUGCCGUUCCCCACAACCCUGCCUUUGUUAGCCGCCGCUGUGGCGACCAACAACACGGUCGUUGCCGAUCCUGUUAGGCAUUUACAGUCUGUAGCCCACGACAUGCUGAGCACAAUCGGGGAAUUAGGCAUUCCCGGGGGAUCAGCAACGCGAUUACUUCACACCCUGAGAGAACUGGCCGUCGCCCUGUCAGCAUGCAUCUAUCAGAGCUUGUGCGACUCCGACACCUUCAGCUUGAAGCACACGCCUCAUCAUGACGGUAUCAUAGCGGAAACACCAGGCAGUCAUUUGCUCGCGCGAAGACGUCAUUCAAUAGAAGAAUUAACAGUAACUACGCCUCCCAACAAAUGGCCGGGCGUAUCCGCGCUCCGGGGUCUAGCUGUGCGCGCGGCCGAAGAGGAAGACGCGCCGCGCCUCGCCGUGCUGCUGGCCGAGGCGUUCUGCGGCGUGUACCUCGCGCUGCUGGGCUGGGCGCUGGCCGCGCGCGACGCGCACCUGCUGUACCGCCUCGCCGCGCACGCGCCCGACCAGCGCGCGCACGCGCGGCUGUUCGGCGGCGGCGUGCGCCGGCUGCUCACCACCGCGCCCGCGCACCAGCCCAAACUAGUGGAGCGUACAGAGGGCACGUCCGUCUGGUCGUCUCUCCGCGAGAAACGAGCAUUACUCAACAUGCGACUGCUAGGACUGGGCCCUACGACGCCACACAAGAACAUUCAAGAAGGUCGACCGACCUACCGAGAACAAUUCGUGCCGCCGAUGUGCAGUAUACUGACUUAUUUGCUUACUAAGCCGACAGCCGAACAAGACCCUGAGAAUUACGACUACGACUCAGCGGAGUCAGGCGGGGAAGACGCUGAAGAGAGCGGCAGUGACGCAGACGACGAUGACAUUUUUGACACCAAUCCGUCUAAGACUGAGAAACGCAAGCUGGUGAACUUGGAGCACUCGGACCCUGACUCGUACUCGUGGUACGUAAUGCGAGUUGCGGUGCUGAGGCUGGCGCAGCAGAAACUGCAGCACUUCCUGCAGCUGUGCGGCAUCGAGAUGUCUGAACUAGCGACCACCAGCCCCACAGUCCACGGGGCCCUCCGCCGCGUGGACCAGUGGCAACAACAGCUGUACGAGACGCUGGAGUCCCGCGCCCCGCCCUCGGACUACAUCCCCGGCUGCUUCCCCGACCAGCAAACCGCGGGCCCGCCCAUCAACAAGUACAAAUGUCUUCUGGAAAAGCACAACACUCCAUUCAACUCGUGUCUAUACAGCGCGGCGCCAGCUAGGCGAUUAUGGAAUUAUCUCGUGCGGCAAGAAUCAGUUCAGGAGUUGUUCAUCCGAGCGGUAUUUUCUCGGAAACGCACUGCGUCUUUGAGCAACGCAGUGAGCGGGGACCCUGGCGAUUCCCGCCCCGGCUGCAUUCCGAAACAUAAAGACGACGACAUGCACAGUCCUGUCAGAAUUAUACACAAAGAACAAGACUCCAUUGCUGCCUUCUGUUUGAAUAGGGUCGGCGGCGGUCUCCUAGCCGUAGCCACCGCCCGGGAAGUGCAAGAGAUGGACGUGUCGUUAUUGCUGCGAGGCGGAGUCAGCUGGUCGGAAGAUGAGUGUGACGUUGAUCUCAUGGGGCUCACCACCGACCCCACCACGCUGCCCGACACCGGCUUCCUCAUCAUACAGCAUCAGGACAAGCCCAACGGUUCGAUCCCCGGCACGGGCAACAGUUCCCCGCUGAACCCCAACGCGCCGCAAGUCCCCGUGGGCAUGGCCAGCCAGACGGGCCGGGGCGCCAGUGUCGUGAAGGGCCUGCAGUUCCCGGGUUGCCACGAUCCGAAAUACUGUCGCCUGGUGCUGCACCGCUCGAAGCUUCUCAUGAAACCGGUACUGAAGCACAAAAUCGACAAUAUAAAACGAAUGGCGGCGCAUCCUACACAACCAUUAUAUUUAACCGGCGGCGCGGACGGCUCCGUUCAGCUUUGGGAGUGGGGGCACGGUUCCUGCGUUUGGUCCCCCCGGGCUCCGGGUGCGUUCGCCAAAGUGACCCGCGUGAGGUUCUCCGACUACGGCAAUAAAUUCGCGGCUGCAGACGCCGACGGGAAUUUAGCAAUGUGGCAGUUACAUCCGGCGGCGCACGCGCAGCUAGCACAGGCCUCUGGGCAACCUCAUGCAUCACCCAGGCCGUUCUUUACACACCAGUGUCAUAGUAAAGGAAUCAGCGAUUUCGUUUUCCUUGGUUCUUGCAGUUUAGUGGCUACAGCGGGUCACAGUUCAGAAAGUAAAAAUGUUGCCAUAUGGGAUACAUUGAUGCCGAUAAAGAAAGCCCUAGUGGUUUCGUGGACGUGCCACGAGGGCGGCGCGGCGUGCGUGGUGUGGGCGGGGUCGAGCGGCGCGCUGGUGUCGUGCGGGCGGCGCGGCGACGUGCUGGUGUGGGACCUGCGCGCGCGCGCGCCGCGCCACAAGCUGCACGCGCACCACGCGCCCAUCAAGUGCGUCGCGCUCGCGCCCAAGGAGGACGCCUACGCCAUCGGCGCGGCGGACGGAGACAUCAAGGUAUUCUCGAUGUCUACGCACCAAUUGCUUCACACGUUUGCCGGAGAACACGCAAGAAGUUCAUUUUUCAAACACAUUGGCCAGGGCGUCACACAAAUACACAUUGACGCAGCCGGGCGGUUAUUCUCGUGCGGCGCCGACGGAACCAUGAAGGUGCGCAAGUUGCCUGAACGGGACCAAACCGCCAUACACCAUCCGCAGUACUAAAUACCACCACCACUACCACGACGGCUACCAUCUCAUACCCAAACAGAUAAUACAAUAGUUCGUUGAAACAAAAAAAAAAUACAACUAAAUGCCUUUAAAAUUGUAAAUUAUUUUAAUAAAAAGAAAAUGUUACGUCACUUCGAUCCGAUAAGUCCUAUCUUUCUUCCUAUCGUCUUUAUAAAUCCCCAUUUUUGCCGCCUUUAAAAGCCGUCGAGUCAAACCAGUUAAUCCAACGAGCAAAUGCCAUUUAAUAGUUGGUUCUGAGCUUGGUCGUUAUUGUAGAAGGCGAGGUGGAGUUAACGUUCCGACCUUGUGUCUCUUGUGAUGUAUUUAUCGUUGUUGCUAUUCAAAUGAUGUUAUGAGUAUGAUUAUUAUUAUACGCCGUUAGACUAGUCACUGGGUAGGCGAUGUUGUAUUUUAUAUUGUAUUUAAAACGUUAAUGAAUCUUUAGUUAUUUUUUUAGUGUGAAAUAUUCGCUAUUUUAAUUCGUAGUAGAUGAUUUUAAAUAAUUUAUUUAUUCGCACUUGCUGUUAGACAAUUUAUAAGGUCCCACGGCAGUGGCUGGCCUAAAUUAAAUAAUAUGUAUACAGAUGGUGUAGUAGAUGAUAUUUUAGCGUAACUAUGUACGAAGUGGAUUGUAUUUAGUAUUGAUAAAGUGCAAUAAAUCUAACACGAUCGCUAACUUAUGAAUCCGACUGCUGACGAUGUCGCGCCUUUACCUAGAACAGUUUAGCCCUUCGAAAUGUUAAGCUUACGACGAGAGUUCAUAUUGUAUCUUGUUGACGCAUAAUAAAUAUUUUAUCGAGCAUUAUAUUACCUUGUGUAAAUCUUGUUGGCUUACGUGUAAUGUUUAAUCACAAUAACUUGUCGUGUUUUAUCUGCAUGUUACUACAUAAUAUAAUCGAAGUCGCACACGUCAUUCUAGAAUUAAGUACUUUUAUCUAAAUGUGAUGUAUUCGAGAUUACGUAUUGAGUUUCAGAAGCCUGUGAGCGUUCUCUUGAGCAAUAAUGUUACUAUUUAUUGUAGACGUUUUUUUCUUCUCUUGCAGUAUUAACAUAAUAAUAUCAAUAAACGGAGGCUGCGAUACUGAAUCCGUAACUGUUAGUCUACAAUGUCACAUUCAAAGUUAUAUUAUUAUUGUAAGUUUCAGGCGAAUGUGCUUGUGAUAAAAUCGAUGGCAGUCUUGUUUGCCAUUAUAUUCCAAUAACUAAAUUAUAUUAUUUUUAUUCGGUAUUUUAUUUAGUCAUUAUUCUGGCUUACCUUUUUUGCAUGUUUUAUUUCCAUGAACUUUUUUCCUUACUAUAAAAUUAUGCAUGGUUUAUUCACUGUCGCUUGUUUAUUUACCUAUAGCGACCGUAUUAUAUCUACUUAUUUCUCUCUUGCACGCGUUUGUAGUGUCGCCUGACUAUAGGCAACUGUUUAUAAAUUGAAAAAGAAAAGCAAUCAAACGUAAAUAUUGAUGCCGCUGUUAUAUUCUUCGAAGUUAAUACAGUUUCUACUUACGCUUGUUAAAGUAUUUAGAUAAUGGAUAACUAUCCUGUCCUUUCAAAAGACAUUGGUUCGUUGUUUUUGUUUGAUAUACUAUUAUAUUGUUUAGGUUAGUGUUUAGUAUUAUUAUUAAACACCAAAGUUAUCCAAUGUUUUCCUAAUACUUGGAAUAAAUUAAUAGUCGAACGUAAGUUACCGAAAACAUUUGGCUUUAUUUAUGAAAAUUUGCACAAUAGGAUAGACAAUUCAAAUCCAAGUUUUUCCAUAUGAACAAUGCAGCAAACAAGGAUUAUUAAACAGAUAAAUUUGAAUAUUAUCUGUCUAGUAGGUAGACGAAUAAAGUUUCUGUCUGCUCUAAUUAUGCAAUAUCUAUCUAUGCCAUACAUAUUUUAUUGAUAAAAUGAAAGACCUACUUUUUACAUUUUAUAAUUGCAAAGUAUUUGAAAUUGUUAAAUUUAAAAACAUUUCUUCGUUUUAGAAAAUAUGUCACUCUUUUCUAGUACAUAUAUUAUUUUACUUGGUUUUCUUGCAAUCACAGAUAAUGUCAAUUUCCGAUUACCUAUACAAUGUUAGAACAAUAAAACCACCCUGCACAUAAUGUUAUCAUUAUUCAAUUGUCGAUGAUGUUUAUAUUUAAAUGCUUAUUUUGUUUUAUUUAUGAUGGAAACAUUAAAAUAAAGGUUAACUCAGUAAAAAUAA